UCUAUUCUUGUGUGCCAUCAGCAGAAUUCUCAUUACUGGACUAUUGCAGAAGGGCAGUAUGGUCCAAUGUUGGUUGGGGAAGAUGGUGACAUCAUGAUUGAAGCAUCCACAUGGAAAAAUAUUCAGGAAAAGUUAAAUGGUGAAUGUAGACACCCUUACUUUGAGUGUUGUUAGAGAUAAUGCAGUACUAUUAUUAUGUUCAUGCCAAAAACAUAACUUUUAUGCUGCGGUUUAAAUUUAUCGUUGGUUCAAAUGUUAUUUUCCUUUGUUUAAAACUCAUUAUGACACAUUACCAUACCCCAAAACAAAGAAAAAUAAAUUUGAGCCAUAGGAUAAAAUUAAACCACCACACAUAUAAUUCCUAAAUUAGGGGCUUCAUGGUUAUAAUAAAAAAUAAUAAAAAUAAUGUGUACAGUUUAAUGAACAAGCAGGAAUGCUUUAUCAAGUUUAAAACACCAGUCACAGCUGAGUGUUUUAGACUUAAUAAAGAGAGAACUGUGACUUUAUUAUCAAACAGCUUAAAAAUCUCUCGAGGCACAUUUAUCCAUUCAUGCACUAAUACAUGUAUUUAGAUUUGGGUUAUUUUGGCUAAGAAAAUUGGUCACAUCAUUAGCAUAUCAGAUAUAUAAUACAAUGUAUAUUAUAAUAAAGGAUUUUUGAAUUACAUCUAUUUGUAACACAUCUUUAAGGUAUUUUAAAGCAAUAAUUCUUAGUACUAAUCAGUCAUUAACUGUGACAGAACCCACAUUCAAAGAACAAGUUGAUGCCCUAAGUAGACAAAUAGACAAAUGUGAAGAUCGAAAAAGAUUAGUGAGUCAACCAGUUUUUAAAGAGUUCCUCGAGUCCAAUGCCCCUACACUAUACAAGGAAAUCCUUGACAGUAUCUUGUCAGAGCGUCAUGGUGAAAAAAGGGCCAACCUGCAAGAGAAGAGAACAACAGCCCUUAUAUGGCAGCUUCUAUAUUACAGGUACUUAAGGGUGCAAUAAUUUUGGUAACUACAUAUAUAGAAAGUCACAAGGCCUAAAGCAUUCACAAAUGAUUUAUCUGGAAUCCCAUUCAAAGAAUCUUAUCCAAACCUCAUGAUCAUUGGAGGCAGAAGUGGGGAGACAUCAUUAUAGCAAUAUUGUGGGAAAGGUGGGGAUUUAGUACUAGUAACACUUUUUUCCUGACUUGAAUAUCAUCUUCCGCUGUAGAUAAUUAUAUUACAAUACUGAUCUACACUACAUUAUGUAUAAUAAUUGUCUGUAAACGUACCUACGUGAAGUACUUUCUAUGGAAUAUACAAGCACUGAGAUUGAGAGUUCAAUAUUAUUUCCGAGUUUUUUCGGAAAAUAUGUGACUUACUAAUGCUAAAUGUGUCAAGUCUGGUAUGACUUUCAGAAAUCAGAGACACGGCGAAUUUAUGGAUGAAAGCUCCAUCUUCUUGGAACUUAAUGGUCUGUCAUCUAGUGGUAUGGCCCUUGGUAAAGUGUUGGGAUUUGCAAGAGAUGAAAAAACCAAGACUCAUCAGAAGCACAAAAUGGCAUCUGACCAUUUGACAAGGGCUAAAAAAAUGGCUUGUGAAGCUUUUCAAAACGUAAAAAUAAUACCUGAUAGAAAUUGAAAAAAAUGUUCCUGAAGGUACCCACCAAUGUAGUUACAAAACACAACAACAUCCGUAUGAUAAAAAGCAUUUUCUACCUACAAAUUAAGCCUGUGAUUUUGAGAUCUUUAUAAAGUAUAAUACAAUUAUUUAUAAUCACUUUCUUUCCCUUUCAACUUUGUCUUAACAGAAAUUCUUUCAGAUACUAUCUAUGGACGAUUUCCAUGACAUUAAUGCAAUAAAAACAAUAACCAAAGAAUACUCACCACUGCUGUUCAUAUAGCGACUCUUCUUUUGGACAUCCAGUCCUCUGUUCCUGCAGUUCCUCAUCCUGUUGAGCCAGCCAAUAUUCACCGAUGUGACAUGGUUUCAGAAGGUGGUGGUACACCCACAGUCUGCAGAGGUGGAAUUUCAAGUGAUGCAGUGGUUAAUGAAAUGAGGGAAUUCUGGCCACACUAUAGUGAAUGCUUUUCCUUGGAGAGUUUGCCUCGGCCAUACAAGGGGAUCGAUCUAUGUAGGAUGCAGCAGUCCAUGAAGGAACUACGGUAAGCAAGUAGAAUAAAUUCUUUUACGUUAAGUCCAAAAUGUCAUUUCCAUCACCUGGUAUAAUAAGAAUUGCAGUGUGACUGCUCUAUUUGCCUUGAUUGGUAGAGUUAACUCUCUAGUCAAGCCUGAAUUAUUUUUCAGCUACUUACUUGUAGGUAGCCUGUGCUGCAGACGAAACUAAACCUAAACUUGGUUUGUUUACAUGUACAACACAGGCUACAGUGUAAUUACACUUACAAUGUUCUUCAUUCAACUGUGAGGAUCACAUUCACUUCCAUAUCUUCAGCUGCAGUUCAAAAAUAUAAGAAUUCAUAAUUUAUUUAUUUAAUCUACUAGAAGUUACCUUGUAAAUUCCUUUUUUACUAAAAUGUUAACACUUAGCCACAUAUGACUUUUUUAUUGCAGAGUCUAUUCAAGAGAGGACCAUGAAGAAUGCCAAACGUUAAAAUCCACCAUACUAAUCGAUGAAAUCGAACAAAAUCUGCACAGUAAAGAUGACUACCAGGCCUGUCAUCAGUACAUUUUGACACCAUUCCAGAGUUCAGAGAUUUCCUAAAAUUACAUGUGGCACCUACAGUUGGUGACUGGCCCACAUGGUACCAUCAGAAGAAGAUUGUUUGCCAUGCUGACUUGGAUCAAGAAAUUACAUCCCUGAUUCCUGAGCUGGGACAGUUUCAUGUCUACUUGAAUAGUUCAGAAGAUGUUGUAAAGCAGUAUUAUCCCAUCUUCAAAGAGAUCUAUGGAUCAGUUUUUGGCCAAAGGGUAAGACUGCCUGAAAAGCCCAGGCCAGAUAAAGUAGCACUGUGUAUCACACUAUCAUUCUGUGGUUGGCUGAACAUCCGUAGCCAGGUUAUUCAGGCCUUCGGACUAAGCAAGGACACUGAAUAUACUUGCCUACUUCAUCUCUUUGAGGAGCUUAUUCCUUUGUGUUUCCUGCACUACCCAGUUAUAGUUAGAGGAGGGCAAUUUGAAGAGCUGACAUCGUCAAUGAAGCGCCUGGCCAUCAUGUUUGUAGCCAUGGACCGCCAUCACUACAAUAAAGCAUCACUUUCAUGGCUCAGCGAUGUACAGCACCAGCAGACAAACUUUCCGAAUAUUAUGAUGCCAAGGGUACCUUAUGUCCAGUCCUGAAUGAAAAGAAGGUUGAAAUCUUUCAUUCGAAGUUAAGAUCCAAAAUAAGAAAGACAGACAAAGGAGCAAAAAUUCAAGAAACAGCCAGACUUAUUGCCAGAUCAAACUUUGAAGAGGAUGGCUUUGAAAGAAGUUAUGUUCCACAAUGUGUAAGAGGAUAUAGUGACCAAGACUUGCUUUUGCUUUCAGGUAAAUAAAAGCCUCCAUGUCUAUAUAUGUUGUGGUUUAACUUAAUCCCUGGUUUAAAUUUUUAUUUUCCUUUGUUUAAAACUUAUCAUCAUACAUUACCAUACCCAAAAACAAAGAAAAAUAAAAUUUAAACCAAGGAUAAAAUAACCACAACAUAUAAAUCAGUGAAAAGACUGAUUGUUGUACUUUCAACCUACAAUGUUACAUGCCUGUUACGAAAGACAAAUUUUUUUUUUAAUGAUGAUUUUCUUUCAAAUUGUAUGAUUUUUUCAGGUUUAGCAUCUGAAGGCAUUAUGGCUAUGUUUGAGAGAGUUGCAUUGAAUCUGGGUAAAUCCUACAUGCUUCCAAGACCACUAAACAGAGCUGGCCGUCCAUAUGGCAAAGCACCAUACUACCUAGCAAGUUUUCAGACAGAAUUCACUGUCAAGUCAUUACCUCUAGGGUACAGAUGGCCUUCUAGCCGACCAAAUCCUCAGCUAGACUGUGAUGCAGAAGCAUGCCAUCAUCCUUCUCAUUCAAACAUCCAGCGACUGACAUGUGGCCAUACAUUCCAUUCUCCCUGCAUGUCCGAUGAGAAUGGCAACAGUCUUGGAUGCAUCAUUUGUCUUCGUAACUUGACUGCUGAUAUCCAGAAGCUGUCCCAAGCCUGGAACAUUCGCCUUUUGUCCGGUCUGAAUGAAGUUGAGGAAGAUGGUGGUGAUGGCAAUGACGAUGAUGAUGACGAUGAUGGCAACAAUUCUUCCAUUCCAGAAAUACCUGAUGUACCAAAAGACCACAAGUAUUUCAAGUCACCACAAUUCAUUGAGUACAUCAGAGAAAGAGUUAAUAAGAUUACAUUGGCUGUCAAUGCCCAGGCAGAAUCUCAUGAAGAGUAG